GCGUGCAUCGGAAAUGGGCUACUAUAUAUAUGGAGAGAGUGUAUAUCCCACAGGAUAUUCGAACGCCAAACUAAAGAUUAGGGGUUGCCCAGCUGGCCAAAAUUUGCUAAUUGCUUCAUUAAAUGUUUGCCUAAUUUCGUUCGAAUUAGCUGCCUCUCCAGCACACAACCACACACACACACACACAUACUCACGCAAAACACUCACAAACACACACAUUUAAUGAGUGGUCUUACCGCCCAGGACCUCCCACUUGACCAUCAUAAAGUAAAUCCCUUUUUCUCGAUUUGUUGCCUCCUUGUAACUGUUGCAGUCCAGCGCCAAAAACUCAGCAAGGAUAGCGGCGAGGGCGAGGGUCGUGGGGGCGAAGAGAAAGCUUCGGCGAAAGCUUUCCGCUCUCCGAAGAAAGUGUUGAAUCCACCACACCAAGCCACAAAAAGUGAGAGAGGAGGUCCUUAAGAGAGCUGCUAGAAGGGCAGGAUGAGGGGCUGGUAUUGCUUUCGGUUUGGAUGAUUGUUUUUAAAAGAGGCUUAAGGUGUUUUUUUUUUUUGAAAUGGUUUUAAGAUGGGUUUUUAUUUAAGAUUUAACUAAAAGAGGGGUGUUUUAAAAAUGUUUCUGAUAACAAAUUAAUGAAAAUUCUUCGAUUUCUUGAUUGAAUUUGAUUAAAAUCAAAUCUGUUACUUACGAAGCUUAAAACUAUUCAUUUCCCAAUUAAAACUUAUAGUUUAAACUAUAGAUAUUAUAUAAUAUUACUGUAUUACUCUUAAGCCGAUCUAAGCACGAUCAGGACUUCCUAUCUUUGUCUUUAAGAGGUGUCCCUUCUGACCAAAAAAAGCUUUCCGAAGAGAAGAUGCUGGCCCGAAGAGCGCGCUAAGAGACAUUUGCCGAAGCGGCGGUCUUUCGGCUUCUGUUGUUGUCUCGGUAUGAGUGCACACACACACACACACCACCACCACCACUCACACCCCCUACACUCACGCACAACGGAUGCUGAAUGUUUGCAAAAAGAAAAUGGAACAGAAAGCACAACAACAACAAAGUUGCCCGCCAUCGUCAUCCUCAUCGUCCUGAGCACGAAUACGUGCUUCUGCCUGUGUCUGUGUGAGUGUUAGACUGCCGCUGUGUGUGUUUGUGUGUGUGUGCUAGGAAGGACAUCGGGUGCGGAGCCGAACUCGCUCGUCUGCAGGACUUAUCUUCAUGGGAUAAAUCUCGCUGCUGGCUCCGCAGUCUGUUUCCAAUACGGGCGUCAAGCGGUCGUCGAGCGCGGCAGAACCACUGAUAUAUAUGUCCCUGAUUCAUAUACAUGGAGUGGCAACCGAAUAACAACACCGAACCGAAUCAACAACACCAAAAACAAUCCCUAAAAACGCAAAAUCCAACAAAAACAACAGGCACUAUCUGCGAAAGAGAAACCCAUCAGAAGAGAAACCAAAAGCGGCACAUGCAGGACAAUAAUAAUAAACCGAGUUGACUGAAAGGAGUCGCAAUCCAAGUAGAGCCGAGGAUAACAAGGAUAACAAAAGCAAAAAAAAAACUGAAUACUGAAAAACUUAAAAACGUAAAGCGACUAACGAAGGAGAAUGAAAAUGAAGUGCCAAAGUGUUGAAAAGAAACCAAAAUUGAAAUUCAAGUAGACGUUAAACGUAAACGUUGAGAAAUUUUUAAAAAAUAGUCAGUUUCGGUAUCGCGCGCAUUUCCGUUUCCGUUUCCGUUCUCAGUACCAGUUUCGUAUCCUCCGUUUCCGCUUCCGUUUCGUUUCGUUUCGUUUCCGUUCCGUUUCGUUCGGCACUUUUCAAAUGGCUACCAGCUGCUUAUGAUGGAGACAUUCCUCGUCCUGGGCCUGUGUUUCAUCCUGUACGAGGCAUUGGAUUUCUUUCAGGGCUGCAUCCACAGCAACACCCCCUCGCCCAGUGAUCAGAUCGAGGCCUAUCGCCGGGAAUUGGACGAACAGCGCCAGCAGCAGCAGCAGGAGCAGUUCCUGGCGGGAUUGACGCCACUGCUGGGCGCUCAGUUUGCCGCAGCAGCGGCCGCCGCUGCCGCCGCCGCCGGCUCCCAAUCGACGCUGGGCAGCACGACCACGCCCACCGCCUCCACGGCCAGCGUUAUCAGUGAUUCCUACGACCAGGAGUCGCAAUCCCAAUCGCAGUCCCAGUCCCAGUCCCAGUCCCAAUCGCAGAACCAACAGCAGUUGCACUCCCUGAGCACCCCAGGACUCUUUCGUCCCGCCGCCUUGGGCUACUACGACCCGGAGGACCCGUUGCACGCCACAUCCUCGCUGCCCAGGGACUACUACUAUCUGCAGCAGCAGCAGCUGAAGAACAAGGCCAGUUCCAGGUCCCUGCUCUCGAAGUUCUCGUCCACCAACUCGGACAAUCGCAUCCACCCCGAGGCCGGGGCCGGAGCAGGACACAGUGUCCUUGGGGCGUCGGUCAUCACCAGUCAGCCCUUGCCAGCUGGUGAGCUGCCACCCAGCCUGUUCGAUCAGCCCGGACAGCCACCGGCUGUGGGUCCAUUGCAGCUGCAGCCCUCAUCCCCGCUGUUCGUGGAGCUCAAGCGGGCCAUCAUCUGUCAGAACAAGCAGGGCCAGGGAUCGUCCGGAGAGGAGUCCGCCGAGGAGCAGUGCCCGCAGUGCGAGGAGGAGCGAGAGAGUCGCUACCUAGACGACGAGGAGGAGGAGUACCCCUCGCCCGGGGAAGAGGACGACGAGGACGAGGCAGAGGCAGAGGACCAGAAGGAUCGCGAGCCGCACAACUACGUGGGCGGCGCCACCAGUGAGCCGGACAUUUGCGCCGCUUCGCGCCACCAACAGCUGCCCCGCAUCCACCACAUCUCCAUCGACCAGCAGGAGCACCGACCCUCGGACCUGAACAUCGCCCUCGUCGGGCCCGCGCUGGCCGCCAACUCGCACGCCGACUUCAGGGAGAUCGAGUGCGAAAGGCUGCGACGCAAGUGCGUGAGCGUUAAGCGCAUCUAUAGCAUAUCGGAGAAGUUCUAAAUCAGAUCACCACUCUAUAUCUCCCAAUUCGAUAUCUCAGUUAUCAGCUCAUACCUGUACAAAGUCCAGCUCUCCCUCACCAUUGCACCAAAAUCGAAAAUCGCAAAUCGAAAAUCGAAUCGAAUAAGUUGAGAAAAUAAUAAAAAGCCAAAAUCAAAAUCGAGCAUCGCCAAAUCGAGCAUCAGAAAUCAAAAACCAAUCACCAAACCAAAUCAAUCGCUAAUCAAAUCCAAGAAUCGAAGCCAAAUCAAAAGCCAAACUAAUCAGUUCAGUUUUCAAAUUCAGAACAAAUGCAACCAAAAUCACAAAAUUGUCCAAAGCGAAACACCCCACACAAGGUUAGCAAAAAAGUUCAAGAAUACCAAAGAAAAACCAAACCAUAAGCCAACAAAAACAAAAAACAAAAGACUUAAAGAAAACAAAAAGAAAAACCAAAAAAAUGAAAAAUCGAAGAGGAAAAGCCAACCAAAAAACCGACACAAAAAUCAAUGAAAAUUUUUCGAUUCAGACAUUUUGCUCAAAAGAAUUUGCACAGCAUUUUAACAUGAUUUCAAAGUCUCUUUCGAGGGUCUCCAUUUCUUGAUUAUUUAUUAUUAUAAUUACCAAUCACCUGCCUGCCAACUUUCACCUUUCUUUCACCACCCAACCACCUGAGAUCACCUGAGAACACUCUCGAAGUUGCACUUUUCUCACCACCACACCUGUUCCAGGGGUCUUUUAGUUUUCCGUUUCUCACAAAUAGGUUCUGUUUCUCACCUCAAUCGCACCUUAAAAUCACCUCUAUAUCACUUUCACGUGAAAUACUCAAGACACUUUCGAAAUCAUAUUGUAGAGCACCCGCAUAUCCUGCCCACCUGAAUCACCUGCUAUCCUUUAUUCUCCAUCACUCCGUCCACCCCCUGUACUGCUAAUAAUUCCACAACUUUUUCCAGCUCGACACCAAAAAAUAAGAGAAAUAUGAAUGGGAAAUAUAAAUAUGAAAUGGAAAGAAGUUCUAGAAAGGUCACACAUCCAAUUCCCAUGACAUACAGCUUCCUGAAUAUUUUAUUUCGAACUGUUUCGGGUUGAGAUUUGAUGCGUGUUCUCUGCAGUUGAAAUUUUUGGUACUUGAAACUUUUUACUUUUGUUUACACUGUUGGCUUAACUUUUCUGCCCAUCUUGGCUUUUUCUAGUUUCUAAAUUCUAGUUUCUACUUUCUAGUUUCUGGCUUUUGUUUUUUUUUUCGUCCUGUUUUGUAUUUUUGUGAGAAUCCUUUGGGGGGUGUUGGGGGAGGGAGGCUCAUCGGGAGGCCACUCGGGAAUCCAGGUCUGAACAGCAAAUAUGCUAACUAGUUGGCUUUGGCAGGACUCUGUGAGUGUCUCUAGCCCAUCUUGUUUCUUGUGUACACUGAAAAAGAUUCUAAUUACUCAAUGGAAGGGCAAAAGAGUCAGGGGGAGCAGUAGUCUGGUUCUGAAAUUUAAAUAUUUCUUGCCUAGAGUUCUUCGAGUGUACGGCUGUCGCUUUUAAACCUCUGCUUUUGAGUUUUAUGCAAAGUAAAUUUUACAUAAUUGUCAGUACUAGGAAAACACACUCACACACACAUAAAGAUAUAUAUAUUUAUAUGCAAAUGACAGGACCAGGAGCAGGAGCCGAAGAAGGAGCAGGAGCCGAGGACAAUGACUAAUUUUGCUGUCAUUGUUGGUGGCGUAACACAAAAAGGAGCAAAAUAUAAAAAAUUAAGGGAUAGAGUAGGAAGCUGCAGAACAUUACUAUCAUAUCUUACAAAUUGUGCCUCACAUAUACAUACAUACAUACAUACAUACAUGCGAAGAGGGAUGUAUGUGUACAUCCUUUCAAUUAUUCGAUAUGUAUGUGUUAGAGUCCUUCUGUUCUUUUAUUCUGUAGACUCCGACCAGUGGGAUGGGCCUUACCCUUGUUUUCAUUUCUGACCAUGUGACCAUGUGACCAUGUGUGUUUGUGUAUCCUUGGCCCGCAUCAAGUUAACUUUCAUCCCCCCAGCUCCACAGCUCCACCGCCCUCUAGUCCCACUCCCCCACUUCCUAGCCUUCUCCCCCCAUUUGUCUUAUGCUUUUGUGCGCUCCGCUCAAUGUUCGUAAUCUUUUGGUCUUUUCUUCAUCAUCGUUUAGCUUGAUGUGGUUCUCCCCGACUUAAUCAGUUUUACUAUUGUUUGUUUUUACCAAAGAACCAAAGAACACCCCCUAACACACACACACCCUCGCACACACAUCCAUAUCCCCCUUUUUCCAAUGCGGAGUGGAGUGUGUAUGUAUAAUUUUUGGCACCAACAGUUGCGGUCAACAGAGUAGGGCUUCAUACAUGUACAUCCCGAAUUGAAAGGUUAAGACAGACUGUAUUAUUAUUGUUGUAUUUGUUUACCGUCUCCGUUAUAAUCUCUAUCCUUGCUCCUUCUUGGUUGGCCGAGGUUGGCCCCCAAAAAGUAUGCUAUGAUUUUUGUUUUCUGCUCAGCGGACAGGAACUGGCAAUUAUAUUGCUCAUGUGUGUCUCUGGGCGGAUUCUGACACAAACGCUACAUCAUGCCGACUAUUUAAGCCAUAUAACCACCACCCCCUCCCCUCUCCAACUACCCCCCCUGAGUCUAUCAGCCGCCUCCCUCUCUGCCUCUCAAGGGCAAUAUUCUUCUGCAUCAUUAACCCGCCAUGAGAAACGAGCCACAGUCAUGCACCAGUCACGGUCAGCUUAACCCAUUGACAACAGCUUAACCCAAGCGCUGCUAUCUUGUAAAAUUUCCACAAAAUCGAAUCAAUACCCACGGCUGGCUGCCCGAAAUUAAUUUGGCUUUAAGGCGCUCCUCUUUAAGUGAAACAAAUGCCUGCUCCUCAGCCUCGACUUAAUUUUAACCUAAUCCCUGAGAGUGUGUGGGUGUGUGGGUGCGGGGGUGUGUGUGGGUGUGUGUGUUCCACAGCCUCCACACUCGUCUAUUGCGGGUUAAUUCCCCAAGACGUAUUAGCCCUCCGCCAGUUAUCCAACUCAAUUAAUCUCGGCAGUGACUCUGACUUUACAAAAUUGAUAGCUUCGUGCCGGGUAGGCGUGGCCGACGCCCCUUUUAGUGAUUUAUACUAGCCAGUGUUUAGGUUCUUUCUCGAUUUGUUGAUUUUUAAAGCGAACUAACUUUAAAUGGCUCUGCGGAUUAGCAACUUUGGUGGAGCUAAUUAUUUUUCCAGCUGCAAACUUUCAAACAUUUGAGGUGAAACGCAACUUUGCU